AUGCUAAGUUUUAAUGCCAAAUUACUAAACGAAUCAUUAUCAAGCGCUAGUGAAUCAUUUGCUUCAACAACAAUAGUUGGAGUGAGAGAAACCGGUGCUGCUUGUGCGGUGAAUAGUAGUGCAGAAACUGAAUUAAACGGUAAAGUACCGGAACCGGUUGUUUCAAUCCUAAUGAAGAUGGAACAGAUGAAUACAUCAAAUGAAUUGGAUUCACGUUCGAUUGCAUCCAUACGAACCGGUUCAAGUAGCUCUGGUGGUGCGCUAACUGAUAGCUUCAGUCCAAGAUCGAAUAAAUCACGGGAGAAUAGUGUGCCUGUAGAUGAUGAUGAAGACUUGGAUCUUUGGACUAUUUGGGGAAAUUUGAUCAAAAAUUGGGAAGUUGAAAUUCGGAAAAGGCCAAAUUAUAUUAAGGAACUUGUUCGUCGUGGUAUUCCACAACAUUUUCGUACGAUAGCAUGGCAAUUGUUAAGCGACGCUAAUGUAUCUACAGUUCACGAUAUUUAUGCAGAUUGCAUGAGGAGAUCAUCUCCAUAUGAAAAAGUAAUAUUACGUGAUAUUCCACGGACAUAUCCUGAAUUAGAAUUUUUCAAGGAUAACGGUCGUGGACAGCAAGCUCUUUUUAAUGUUAUUAAAGCAUAUAGCAUACAUGAUAGUGAAGUAGGCUAUUGCCAAGGAAGUGCCUUUAUUGUUGGUCAAUUACUACUACAGAUGCCUGAAGAAGAAGCAUUUGCGGUAUUUAUACGGUUAAUGGAAGCAUAUCGUUUAAGAGAAUUAUUUAAGCCCGCAAUGACCGAAUUAGGUUUAUGUAUGUUUCAACUUGAGUGCCUUGUUCAAGAACAAAUGCCAGAUUUAUGUGCGCAUUUCAAUAAUAUGGGUUUUGAUACGAGUAUGUAUGCUAGCAGUUGGUUCUUGGCUCUUUUUACCACAACAUUACCGUUGGAAUUGGCCAACAGAAUUAUGGAUAUCUUUCUUGCUGAAGGGAUGGAAUUUAUAUUUCGUGUAGCGAUGGCAAUUUUACAACAAGCUCGACUAGACUUAUUAAAAUUGGAUAUGGAAGGAAUGCUUAAGUAUUUCCAACGUGAAGUGCGUGAGCGAUACGAGAAUGAUCACGAGCUUUUGUUUGUUGUAGCAAAUAAAGUUACAUUGAAUGUUAAAAAAAUGAAAAAAUUGGAAAAAGAUUAUUUAACAAAACGUACCAAAGAGCAAGAAGAAGCAAUCGAAUUAAGAAGAUUACGAACUGAAAAUCGUUUACUAAGACAACGAAUUGAUUAUUUGGAACAAGAAAGCUCAGCAUUAGCUGAUCGUUUGAUAAAAGGUCAAGUAAAUUUAGCACAGGAAGCGGAAAAUUGCAUGAGCAUAUCACAUGAGCUGUUGAAACUUCGCGAUAUCAAUUCAGAUGCUCAUCGACGCCUUGAAGAAGCAUAUGAUACAAUUCGAGAUUUAAGUUGCAAAAAAAAUGAGGAAUUAACGGAAUGUGCUACGCAAGUGGAUGAUACAUCAAUGAUUGAACAUAUUCAUGCAUUACAACAAGAUAUUAUUGAUACGCGUGCACGUGAAGCUGAUAAUGAAAUUAUCAUUAAAGAUUUAAAACUUCGAAUUCAGGAGCUAGAACUAGCAAAUAAAAGAUUACGUGAACGUCCACCGGAUGAUGGUAUUGCCGGUUUGCAGGAAGAAUUAAUUUCAGUAAAAAUGCGUGAAGCUGAAGCUUCCUUAUCGCUUAAAGAAAUGCGACAACGAUUUGCUGAAUUAGAACAACAUUGGACGAAAUAUAUUAGCAAUCGUAUAUUGGAAAAUGAUGCGUCAAAAAUGUGUUUAGAACGACGUGCAACGCUUUCAAAUUUUAACUUGCAGCUAAAUAAUAUUGCAGCCAAUGAAUCACAAGUUAUCACAUCAAAUGAUAAGCUAUCACAACAACAACCACCAACAACAGUGCCACAAAGCGCUCGACAACGUUUAGCUAAAUUAACGGCAACUUUAAUUGGUACCAUUAAUGCAGAAUCAUCAGAUACUGGCAUUAAUGCUUCUGAUUCUUCCGGUAAUAUGGCAAUAAAAGAACUUGAGGAUCAGUUAAUGGGUGUAAGAAUUCGAGAGGCGGAUACUGUUGCUGAAUUAAAAGAAAUGCGCCAAAAAGUGAUGGAGUUAGAAACACAAAAUCAUGUCUGUACAAAUCAACUUAAACGACAAGAUGAAGAAAUGAAACGAUUGCGAGAUGAAAAAGGUGAUAUUCUACAGCGUCAGAAAGAGCUUUCGGAUCAAAUUAAGGAAGAAAGACGUAAAGCGGUCGAAGUAGAAAGUGAGCUAAAGGAACGAUCAGUAAUGGAACGAUUAAAGUAUAGUGAAGCAAUGCAACAUAUUGCUGAUUUGAAACAAGCUAUUACUCAUCUUGAACUUAAGAAAGCCGAGAAAUGGACUCAUACUCAGUUACGAGGUAGCUCCAUAUGUGAUUUAGACGAUGAUUCUUUGACAGGCGCAAUUGGUUCACAUGCUAGCGGUGAUGCGGUUUCUAUUACAAGUGAUGAAUUAACAACAUUAAUUGCCGAUAUGCAAGUUCGAAUUCCGGAACUUUCGGAACUUUCAGAUAAAUUAGUGAAAGAAAAUGGCAUUAUGCCAAACUGUAGUAAUAUCAAAGAUCAAUUGAAAGACGAUGCGCUAGAAGAAGAUGGUAAUGAUACAACGGAUAGUGGUUUUCAAACAAGUGAUACGUCAUAA